GCUGAGCAAUGGGAACCUCUGCCGGCCACGUCCCCACUCGGAUAUAAGCCGGCGGGCGGCCCAAAGGAUCCGCCGCCUCAAGCAAACCCUAGGUGGCCGCAUGGCGAGAAAACGGAGAAUUCCACACGUAAUUCCAAUGGGCUGAUAAACCCCUCGACAUCAAUACCAGCCGUAGCAUUGCUGCCAGGCACACGCAGGCCUCACCGGUCUCCUCUCGCCCCCCCCUUGGGCUUGUCCAUGACAAGCUUCUUUUCUGUCCGCCAUUCCAUGGCUGGGAUCGCUUGCUGGUAGCAAAAAUGGUGCCGGUGACGGCUCCUGCACACCCACGGCUGCAACAGCCAUCAGCACCCAGCCAUCGUUUGCAUUCUCGCCAUGCGCGUGCACCUUCUCGGGCAGGUUCUAAAAAGCAACCUUGCUAUACCCCUGUGACAUCAACGCUAGGUGGCUCGCUGCCAAGCCACGGAGCCUGGUUGCCGCAGCUGCGAGCAGGUAUUUGACAGGUGCCAGUUCGAGACCACCCAACCCGCUCCCGUCUUGCUCCUCUCCCUUCCUGUCGACAUGCAGUCUCGGUUGUUCGCCAUCAUGGUCCGCGGGCGUGGCGUCGGUCUAAACGUGACAGUCGGCUCUGUUCCGGACCAAUGGACACUUUAUCUCGACAUGCCAGCUCCUUCGGCAGGCAGGUAGGCAGUCAGACGGCCGGGGUCCUGUCUGUCCUACGUGGAAGCCCAACCCUUGUCGAGGUUAGGUAAUUGUCGAAAAACAUCCCACUCGCAGCUGUACCUCAGAGCAGCCCUUUGCGCAUAUCUCAUAUCUUGCAAAAUAGCAGGACAGGACCGGCCUCGAUUGAUUGCCUGAUCUUGGCGGCGCUGAAAUCUCAUUGAUACUCUACGACGCGCCCACGUCUUCUAUCCCACCGGUCUCCCCGGUCACACGACGAGCUCGCCGGGCAAUCGUCGCUACCCAUCACAUCGCGUCGGAGAAGCGUGUGACAAAAAAAAAGACACCCUUUUUGCCGCCUGGGCUGUCUCUGAACUCGUCACUGAAUUUCUCUUAGGGGUCUCUUCCCCUCAGGUAGUCGAGGCCAGUGACGCAUGCGCAUGGCCGGCCAGCAACACCCUCGCUUCAGAGCCCUCCUCCCCGCCGCCGCCGACCAGGCGGCGGAGGCAGCAGGGCUGGAAGAAGAUACCCAAGACGCCCGCGACACCUCUUCCAGCAGGGGCGGGUCGCCACUCGGCGCGGGGGGUCCGCGGGGGCCGCCUACGAGGGGACAUGGCAGGACGCUGGCUGCGUGCCUUCGGUGCCGCAGGAGCAAAGCCAAGUGCACCGGAGCGCGGCCUUCGUGCCGCCGCUGCUCGGACAACAACCACGCGUGCGAGUACGACGCCGACCCGGACAUCACGCCGUCGUCGAUGCUGCGCCGGCGCAACGUUGACCUGGCGCGCGAGAACGACGACCUACGCGCCCUCAUCGCCUUCCUCUCGGACCGACCGCUGCCCGAGGCCGAGGCCGUGUUCCGGCGGCUGCGCCAGCAGCAGCAGCAGCAGGAGGGCGCCGGGCAGCAGCAGCAACAGCAACAGCAGCCCCCGCCGGCCCACGGCAGCCGCGCCGACCCCCUCGAGAUCCUGACCUCGAUCCGCGGUGCCGAACUGCUCCUCGGCCAGGGCAGGCCGGCAGCACGGCGGGACGGUGACGGCGACGACGACGACGCGUCGCCCGAGCACCACGACGAGCAGCCGGAGACGGCGGCGGAGGAGGGCCGGCAGGGCGGGAUGGCUGCCUCCCAUGCGGCCGACAUCGCCGUGAGGGCUUUGUCCAUGGUGACUAGGGACGCACCGCAGGCGGAGAGUGGUAGCACAGAGGAGGGGACGAAGAACACGAAGGAAUGAGGGAAAUAAAACACCUAGAUCUACUAUAAGCCCUGGGUCCAAUAUGCGCUGUAGCUACACAAACUCUACGGUGCGUAGUGGACUUGCCAUUUAGGAAACCGUAUCGUGGUACCAAGUUGGCCACAAUUUAAUACAGCAAGCGUUACCUCGGUUGAUCCCGGCUGCUAUUCUCGACCGAGGUCGGGGACUUGAUAAGUUUUCUCG